AUGAGAAAAUUGGUAUGUGAAACUCCAAGAGUGUACUGGAGCUUGACCAGGAUAACAGAGGAGCUUUUCAAUGAAAUUGUUGAACGGGUCUUACCCCUCAUCAAGAAAAAACUCACAUUCUGGAGAAGACCCAUUGAGCCAGGCCUGCGUCUUGCAAUCACCCUGCGCUUCCUUGCAGCUGGAGAAUCCUACAAGAGCCUGACCUUCCAAUUCCGAGUAGCUCCCGACACAGUCAGCGAUAUUGUUACUGAAAUGAGGUCGUGCAAUUGUCCACGACCCCAGAGCAAUGGAAGGAAGUGGCCCGUGAUUUUGAAACACAUCAUAAUCAUGAACCCAGUGAAUGGAGGAACUCAUUACUUCAACUAUAAGAAAUUCUACUUUGUCAUUCUAUUAGGAGUUGUUGGCGCUAACUACAAGUUCAUGUGCGUCGAUGUAGGUGCCAUAUGUUCCGAGUCUGAUGGUGGUGUCUUUGCCAAGACACAGCUCUGUCAAAUGCUAGAUAGGAAUUAA